AUGGCACGUGGAUCAGAACUUCUCAAGAAACACCAGCAGAGAUCCACAGGGAAAAAAUCAAACUGCUGCUCUGACUGUGGGAAAUGUUUCAUAAGAUCAAAUUCACUAAAAGUACACCUGAGAAUUCACACUGGAGUGAAAUCUCACUGCUGCUCUGACUGUGGGAAAAGAUUCAAUUCUUCAGUAGACCUUAAAAUACAUAAAAUAAUUCACAGUGGAGAGAAACCUUUUGGCUGUGAUCACUGUGGGAAGAGUUUUAUUCGGCUACAAACCCUGAAAACACACCAGAGAAUACACACUGGAGAGAAACCUUAUGGCUGUGAUCAAUGUGGGAAGAGUUUUACUCAGCUUAACAGCCUGAUGGUACACCAGCGAGGGCAUACAGGAGAGAAACCUUAUAGCUGUAAUCAAUGUGGGAAGAGUUUUUCUACAUCUAGCUAUCUAACUAUACACCAGAGAACACACACAGGAGAGAAACCAUAUAGCUGUAAUCAAUGUGGGAAGAGUUUUAUUCGGCUACAAACCCUGAAAUCACAUCAGAGAAUACACACAGGAGAGAAAUCUUAUGGCUGUGAUACAUGUGGGAAGAGUUUUACUCACCUUAACAGCCUGAUAGUACACCAGCGGACACACACAGGAGAGAAACCUUAUAGCUGUGAUCAAUGUGGGAAGAGUUUUUCUACAUCUAGUUAUCAAAGGAUACACCAGAGAACACACACAGGAGAGAAACCAUAUAGCUGUGAUCAAUGUGGGAAGAGUUUCACUCAGCUAAAUAGCCUGAUAGUACACCAGCGGACACACACAGGAGAGAAAGCUUUUAAAUGUGAUCAAUGUGGUAAGAGUUUUGGUACAUCUGGCUGUCUGAGGACACACCAGAGAACACACACAGGAGAGAAACCUCAUAGCUGUCAUCAAUGUGGGAAGAGUUUUGGUACAUCUGGAUGUCUGACGACACACCAGAGAACACACACAGGAGAGAAGCCUUAUAACUGUAGUCAAUGUGGGAAGAGUUUUACUACAUCUAGCCAGCUGACUUUACACCAGAGAACACACACUGGAGAGAAACCAUAUAGCUGUGAUCAAUGUGGGAAGAGUUUUUCUCGGCCAGACAGCCUGAAUAUACACAAGCGGACACACACAGGAGAGAAAUCUUAUAGCUGUAGUCAAUGUGGGAAGGGUUUUACGACAUCUAGCCAGCUGACUUUGCACCAGAGAAGACACACAGGACAGAAUCCUUAUAGCUGUACUCAAUGUGGGAAGAGUUUUACUUUGCUUAACAGCCUGGUGUCACACCACAGAACACACACAUGAGAGAAUCCUUGCUGUAAUCAAUGUGGGAAGAGAGUCACUGGUAAACGAUCUCUGAUCAAACAUCAGAAAAUACAUGGAGUUGUUUCAUGAUAUCAAUUAAAUAAUGUCACAAUGUAGAUUGUUUUAACAUUGUAGUAGCAGUAUUUUAAGGAAUGUCAGAAUGUAGAAACCUAAACGUUUGCUCUGAAUUGAAAGAAUACUAUUUAUGAGAUUUAACAAAAAGUGACUAACAAAAAAAGGAGUUAUGUUACACUUACCAAGUUGGUGACCCACUUCAAUCAAAAUGCAACACUUCAAAAUGUAGCUAGCUGUUUUCUACAAAUUGUCCUCUAACCAGGGAUGUACACAUUAUUCC